AUGGUUUCAUUGACUGCUGGUGAAUCACGCUUUUCUAUCGGUGACCAAUGGAAGGAUUUCGAUGGGAAGCCGGAUGUUCUUAUUCUGGAGCCUUUCCAUGAUGGUUCACACAAGCAGCUUUUGGACACCAUAUUGAAUGAAGUUGACGGUUCUCGUUUUCUUAUGCUGACGAUGUCGGGCAAAAAAUGGCACUGGAGAGCAAGGAACUCUGGACUGUACUUCGCUGGGAUUGUGCCCAGGUUGGACUCGUACAGGGUUCUUUUUGCCACUAGUGUGAUGAAUCUUGCUGAUUUUAUCGCCCUUCGUCCUGAGUUUAAUCGUGUCGCGAAGAUCUUGUAUUUCCACGAGAAUGAGCUGAACUAUCCUAUCGUCAAUCCGAAGGAAAGGGAUUUCUACUACGGAACUGCUCAAAUUAUUUCUUGUCUUGUUGCCGACAUCGUGCUUUUCAACUCGGGGUACAACUUGGAAAGCUUUUUGAAUGCUACGCACAAGCAUUUCAACAUGAUGCCUGACUAUCUGCCUGAUGUUUCAGAAAUGGUGAGAAGAAUUCGUGGGAAAGCUCACGUUCUACAUUUUCCCGUAAAAUUUCCCGUGAUAAAUGCUGUACCAUCCCCCGAAUCUUCUGAUCGACUGCUUCACAUUUUGUGGCCGCAUCGUUGGGAACACGAUAAAGGAGGCGACAUAUUUUUCGAAUGUUUGCGGCAACUGAAGAAAACGACCAGAUUCAAGGUUUCCAUACUUGGGCAGAAAUUUUCUGAGGUUCCCGAGGCUUUCAUUACAGCGAGAGAAGAAUUCAAGGAUGAAAUUCUUCAUUGGGGAUUUUUGGACCAAAAAAAAGAUUAUUGGGAAGUCCUGAAAAAAAGUGACGUUGUGGUUUCUACGUCAUUACACGAAUUUUUCGGUGUCAGCAUGGUUGAAGCUGCGAUUGCCGGUUGCUUUCCGCUGUGUCCCAAUCGUUUGUCGUAUCCGGAAAUAUUUCCAAAGGAAUGCCUCUACAACACGGAAAAUCAGCUUCGACGCCGCUUGGAAAAUUUCUGUGGGAAACCAUCAAGUGCCCGAAAUGAAAGUUCGAAAUUAGGCAUUUCCUGUCGUUUGAAAGCGAAUUAUUCUGCUGAGGUGCUCAGCCCGAUUUACCGAGCUGUACUUGGACUUGAAAAGUUCCCUGGGGAAGAAACUGGUUGUAUUUUAGAGUUGAAGAAUUGUGUUGCGAAGCUUCAGAUUCACGAAUAG